AUGAACGUGAAGACCGUCCUGGUGCUCCUGGUGCUGGCCCUGGCCACCGUCUUCGCGCUGCUCUGCGUGCUGCUCACCCGCGAGCGGGCGCCCGGCCUCUGCCCACAGCAGCAGCAGGAGGAAGAUGAGGAUGAGGCCGUCGCCGAUGAGCGGAGCCUGGUGUUUGCCGACCUGAGGGCAGAGGAGCUGGCGCAGGUGCUGCGGUACCUGCGGCGGGAGCUGGGGGUGCCGCUGGCGGCGGCGUCGCGCGCGCUGCCCUCCGACAACUGCCGCCGGCCCAUGCUGGGCAGCGAGUACGAGCAGGUGGGAAUCUUCCUGAAGACGGUGGCGUUCGCGGCAGCUCCCACCUUCCUCAAAGAGGUGCUCGAGUACGACGGCACCAACCUCGCGUUUCAAACCGCAGCCCCCCGCGGCCUCCAGUCUGGAGAUCGGAGCACCUGGCUUGCUCUGUUUCAGAAUGUGAGCGGGUUCUUCCUGCACCCCGUGGGGCUGGAGGUGCUGGUGGACCACAGCAGCCUGGACGUGUCGCAGUGGGCUGUGAGCAGGGUCUUCUACAAUGGGCAGUACCACAGGGACAUGGCCGAGCUGGAGAGCACCUACGUGCAGGGCCGCCUCCGCGUGGAGAAGGUGCAGAAGGUCCCGUGGGACGGGGACUUCUCAUCCAUGAAGCCACGAGCAGCGCCCGCCGCGAUGUUCCCGGUGCAGUACGAGCCGCAGGGUCCCCGCUACAGCGUCAGGAGGAACCGCGUCGUCUCCCAGGCCUGGAGCUUCGUCUUUGGCAUGAGCGUGAGCAGGGGCCUGCGCCUGUUUGACGUCAGGUAUCGGGGCGAGCGGAUCGCCUACGAGAUCAGCGUUCAGGAGGCCCUGUCGGUGUACGGCUCCAACUGCCCCGGCGGGAUGUCAACGCGGUACAUGGAUGGGAGCUUCGGCAUCGGGCGCUUCAGUUCUCCCUUAGUGCGAGGGGUCGACUGUCCGUAUUCAGCAACUUACGUGGAUAUGCCCCACCUUGCUCAAUCCCAGGCCUCCAGAAUUGUUCAAAAUGCCCUCUGCGUCUUUGAGCAGAACCUGGGCUCCCCUCUGAGGCGCCACUACUCCAACUUGCAGUCCCUCUACUAUGGGGGACUGGUCAACUCUGCUCUGGUCGUUCGGUCCAUUACAGCCUUGGGCAACUACGACUACGUGUGGGACUUCAUCUUCUACCAGAAUGGGGCCAUCGAAGGCAAAGUCCAGGCCACGGGGUACAUGAGCUCGUCGUUCCUUCAUGGGGACGGUCUGAGAUACGGCAACAGGGUGUGGGAGCACACACUGGGCACCAUACACACCCACUCCAUCAACUACAAGGUGGACUUGGAUGUGGGAGGGGUCCAGAACUCCUUGGUGGCCCAUGACAUGGCCUUCGAGACGGCACGGGCGCCCUGGAGCCCGGAGCAGCAGAUGGAGCGGCCGCGGCUCACCAGGAAGGUCCUGGACACGGAGGACCAGGCUGCGUUCCGGCAGCAGUCCAAGAUGCCCAGAUACAUCUACUUUGCAGCCAAUGGCACCAACAAGUGGGGCCACCAGCGUGGCUACAGGAUCCAGCUCAACAGCUUUGCAGGGGAGCCCAUGCCCGAAAGCAGCUCCAUGGAGAGGGCCAUCAGCUGGGCAAGGUACAAGCUGGCGGUCACCAAGCGGAAGGAAGAGGAACCCACCAGCACCAGCGUCUACAACCAGAACGACCCGUGGACGCCCACCGUCGCCUUCGCCGACUUCAUCGACAACGAGACCAUCGCCAAAGAGGACCUGGUUGCCUGGAUAACCACGGGCUUCCUUCACAUCCCGCACUCGGAGGAUCUUCCCAACACCGUGACGGUGGGGAAUUCCGUCGGCUUCCUCCUGAGACCUUACAACUACCACGACCUGGACCCUUCCAUAUACUCGCGGGACGGGGUGUUUUUCACCAGCGAGCAGGACGUCACCUCCUGCGCGGUCAACCCCGUGGCCUGCCUGCCCGAGCGGGCUGCCUGCCUGCCCCGCUUCCCCCCCUUCACCUACGGCGGCUUCCAAAACAUGAGCAGCCUUUGA